AUGGCGGACCAGGAAUUUGAACAAUUCAAGCCGGAAAUCGAGCGUUUGUACGUUGACGGGGACAACACAUUAUCCGAGGUGAUGAGCUACAUGACUGAUAAAUACGGAUUGAGCGCGUCCAAGACCCAAUACGUGCGGAAACUCAAAAAAUGGGGGUUUACGAAAGGCACUAUCCCGGCGGAGGACUGGAAAUGGAUUGGAAAACGGAUGAACAAAAGAAAAUGGAGAGAUAACAAGGAGAGUGAAAUCCACAUUGGUGGUAAAGAAGUUCAAGCUUCAAGGGUCAAGAAGGCGAAGUAUGGACCGGCGUAUUCGUCGACCAUAGCCCAUCUCUCUACUGCUCCUUCCCCGAAAACCCCAGAAGGCAUCGUUGUCUGUACCCCAGCAUCGACGGGGAUGAGUCUCACAUGGAACACGUCGCUUCCAUGGCUACGAUUCACCAAACUUUUCCGCCCUCCACAGAACCAAGAUAUGCUUACCAUACCCGAAGUGCAAUCCCCAUCUUCAUCUCUUACUGUCUAUAUACCUCCGGCCAGUGCGCUCUCUCGCACUGUGAAUCUUGAAGUGAUGCGGCGUUUGAGUACACUCAUACCAUGGGAGAGACUCACUCACCCCGCAAAUAUACACAGUAGCUCUCGAACAUCAGCAGCCUUGAGCAUUCUCAUGCCGGAAGAGUUCGCAGGUCAGCACGAAAUUUUAUCGACAGGUCUAAGCAGCUCCAAGCAUAAGGGAACAGAUCUGCUCGCUCUAGAGCUUUUUCUUCUCUCAAACAAUUUUGCUUCACAAGAUGCCAACAAGAUAUCCGAAAGCAUAUUGAGACAGGAUGCCAAGAGAGUGAUAGACAUGUUCAAUUAUUCUGGCUGGAAUAAUUUGAAGCACAUCAAGCUUAUGUUAUCAACACGCGAGCCAACGGCGGAAGCGAUUGCUGAAAGGGUGUUCGCAAGUGCAUUGAGACUCUACAAUAUGGACAUGAUCAAACUUAUGCUCGAAGCCAACAUGGAUCCAAACAAUGCAUUGGUUCAGUCAGUCACCAAUGUUGCUUUGACACCCCUUCAGUUUGCCGCUCGAGAGUCGAAUGAUCACAGUGAAGAUCUUGUGAAGCUUCUCAUUUCUCACGGGGCGGAUGUAAAUCACUCGUGCAAUGAAAGGCCGCCCUUGUACUAUGCUAUCAAUGCAGGCGUACACAACGAGAUUGUCAUACGUACUCUUCUGUCUCAUGGUGCCACUGCAACACCAUUCUGCCUUUCUGCGGCCACAAGUUUGACUGAUGUAGUACUCUUCGAAGAUAUCGCCAGUUCUUGCCCUGAUGUGAACGCGAGAACAGGGUGGCAAGAUCAAAGUACUCUUGCGGAAGCUGUUACUAGAGGCAAUGUUGCAAUAAUUGAAGUUCUAAUUGCAAAAGGCGCCCAGAUAAAUGAGCUAGUCGUUAUCGAGUUUGAGAACGACAUGGCGAUGACCACUAUCCUGGGUCUUGGAGUUGAAUCAGACUUCCCCAGCGUUAUAUAUGCCUUGUUGGGUGGCUGCGAUGAUGUGAAUCCCAUCUUCGAUGGCCUGACUUAUGUUUCGCCCCUUACUUUAGCUAUGCAAAACGCAACAGCAGAAAUGAUUCGGGCCUUGCUUCAAGCUGGAGUUGAUCCCAAGGUUGCUGACCGCCAAGGGAAAAUGACAUUGCUUGAACGUGCUGCAACAAGAGAAAAUGCCUUGGAGAUUUGCAGUGUCCUGAUUGGCUUUGGAGCACAAGUUGACAGACCAUUUUCUAUAACGGGUCAUCAGUCCUCGGCUCUGCUUAUCGCUGUCAAACAAAGGUCAACCGACGUUGUCGGGCUUCUCAUACAUGCAGGGGCACGACUGAAUGAUGAAUAUACUGAAUCUCCUAGCACUCUGCUUGGGGCGGCGGUUGAGCAUGGCGACAGAAUGUUGAUCAAUGGUCUCUUGGCGGCUGGGGCUACACAUCUCGGAACUAAGCUGCGGAAGAUUGGUAAUUUGGAUACUGCACAGCAUCUGCAGGCAAACGGACUUCUUCGAGCAGUGUUGGAGACAUCGGGAUCGAAGAUACUCGCUGCCGCUCUCUCGACAAAGGAUAACAAUUUGACCCAAUACCUCCUUGAUCAUGGUGCAGAUAUGGAAGAUAACGGCGAACUUCCCCCAGAUCAGACACCUCUGGCAUGUGCAAUCCGAGAAAAACAUACAUUUUUUGCAGAGGCUCUGCUGGAUCGCGGUGCCGAAGUUACUGACAGUGUUCUUCAAACCGCUAUUCUGGAAGAUUAUGGAAAUUUGCGGCUCCUACUAUCCAUAUUCACUGGAAAUGCCCCAAAUGCAGUCUCAGCCGCAAUCUGUGAGGAUGGAGCACUGGGACUGCUUCAAGAUGCAGGCGUUGACCCUAGCGGCGUACCAGGUGUGAUCAACGGGGAACAUCUGGAAUUGGACUUUGAAUUACCGCCACCCGAAUCGGUACUAGAAGUAGCGGUAUCUUAUCAAGACACAGAAGCUCUACAAACUCUGCUCCAAUGGACAUCCUGGAGCCCGAGAUUGAUUGGUCGUGCCUUGACUUUGGCGAUAAUCCUGCACGAAGGCGAACUCGCCGAGCAUCUGCUACACUUCGGUCCUGAUAUGGCCCAGGAGAUUACCAUCAAGUACUACGACUAUGAGGAUGAACUUGGGGAGGUUGAAGGUGAAAAAGAAACCUACAGUGCUCUACAAGCCGCAGCCAAGUACCAAAAUAUUCCGAUCGCGCGUAAAUUAGUGGGAAAGGUCGAUGUCGACUUUCUUGGUGAUGGCCCUCGCCGUCGCACAGCAAUGCAACAUGCCGUCGAGAAAGCGAACGUGGAGCUUAUUGACUUACUGUUGGAACAUAAUGCCAAAGUCGAUGGCCCACCCGCUACGAAUGGUGGUGUCACGGCUUUACAGAUUGCAUCGAUCAAGGGCUACAUCAGUAUUGCACGUAGACUACUCGAUCUCGGUGCAGAUGUCAACGAAGCCCCCGCAAAGUGGAAUGGACGUAUGGCCUUGCAAGGAGCGGCAGAACAUGGUCGAAUCGAUAUGUUACAGCUACUCCUUGAAGAGGGAGCGCUGGUGGUAGGCGAAGGCGAGCCGCAAUAUCACAAGGCUGUUGAGCUUGCUGUACAGAACGGAUUUAAUGCUGCUGCUAGGCUCUUGAGGUCUUGGAAGGAAUCGGUGUAUUUGGAUCCCGCUACCAUUUGA